UUUUUCCAUGCCAACAGCACUGAUUUAAAAUAAUGCGAGUAGAAGCUCUUGAAGUGAAUUAUAAUUCAUAUUGGCUUAGUCAUCACAGUGUUGCUAUAUGGAUGACUAGACACAAAUUUAUUGAUUGAAAAAUAUGAUAUCAUAAUUUAUAUUCUUCAGUAAUCUGGAGAUAAGGAAGUGCUGCUAGAAAAUGCUGGCAAGGAAGCCAGUGAAAACUUCGAAGACAUAGGUCAUUCUAGCAAAGCUAGGGAACUGAUGACAAAGUACAAAAUUGGAGAAUUGGUGAAGUCUGAACGCAAAGCAGUCCUAACAAAGGACGUUGACUGGGAAACUUAUCACAGCUCUGACGAUGCUUCGUCCACAUCACAGGCUGUGUCACAGAGUUCUUCGAAGUCACGGAUAAUCCCAAUUCUUCUAGGAAUCCUUGCCACAAUUAUGUACCGUACCUAUUUCCAGGAUUAGGUAAAGUCAUCAAAAGACAUUCUCAUAAAAGCAUUCGAGGAUUCUGAGGAUGAUUAUCAUUAUGGAAAUUUAUUUAAUGAAGUAUAUCUUUGAUUUUGUUGUAUCAUUUCGAUGUUUGUCUGGAAUUGGAAUGUUUGAACUGAGUUUGAA